CUCUAUGACAGGCGGAAGCAGCGUGCCGCGGCUCUGCUCAGACCAGUCAUCCAAAAUGUUGAGAGUUACAAUCCGCGCGGAUAUGGGCUCACUUUGGAUCUUAUUUGGCGUUAUAUAUUCUCAGUUUUUAACCGCAUCUUCUGAUGACAUUGUGGUUGCGUGUGGGGGAUUUGUGAAGUCCGACGUGGAGAUCAACUAUUCCCUGAUCGAGAUUAAACUAUAUACGAAACAAGGGUCUUUGAAGUAUCAAACAGACUGUGCGCCGAUCAAUGGGUACUUCAUGAUCCCUCUAUAUGACAAGGGGGAUUUUGUUUUGAAGAUUGAACCUCCACUUGGUUGGAGCUUUGAGCCCACUGCAGUGAAUCUUCACAUAGAUGGUGUGAAUGACAUCUGCACCAAAGAGGAAGACAUCAAUUUUGUUUUCACAGGUUUCUCUGUGUCUGGAAUGGUUUUGAGUAAGGGUCAUUUGCUCGGUCCAGCGGCUGUGGAGGUCACUCUGUCCAGGGCAGGAAAUGGAGACACACUUCAGACUGUCGUCACACAGCCUGGGGGAAAAUAUACCUUUUUCAAAGUUCUUCCAGGAAGCUAUGACAUCACAGCUUCACACCCUUCAUGGACACUUGAGCAGAGUACAACAUCAGUGCAUGUUUCCAAUGCCAAUGCGCCAGCCGCAGGCCCUCUGGUGGUGGGAGGGUACGACAUCUCGGGGGAGGUCCGCAGUGAUGGAGAGCCCAUGAAAGAGGUCACCUUCCUGCUAUACUCAGCCACUGUCAAGAAAGAGGAUAUCAGUGGUUGCAACACAUCACCAGUGGUUGGGGCAGAGUCUUGGGACAGUUCACUAGUUUAUCUUUGCAGUGCUUUGUCCAAGGAAGAUGGCACCUUCACUUUCCCCUCACUGGCCAGCGGAGACUACACUGUGGUGCCUUUUUACAGAGGAGAAAGAAUUACAUUUGAUGUGGCUCCUUCAAAACUGAAUUUCAAAGUUGAGCAUAACAGUUUGAAGCUAGAGCCAGUCUUCCGUGUAAUGGGCUUUUCCGUAACUGGGAGAGUCUUAAACAGUGUCGCUGGGGAGGGUGUACCCGAUGCUACAGUGUCACUCAACAACCAAAUUAAAGUUGGAACAAAGGAAGAUGGUUCUUUUCGACUGGAGAAUAUGACAGCUGGUACCUAUACUAUUCGUGUUAAUAAGGAGCUCAUGUACUUUGAGCCAAUCACCUUCAAGAUUGCCCCGAACACGCCUCAGCUUCCUGACAUCAUCACUGCCGGAUUUAGCAUGUGUGGUCAAAUUUCAGUCAGUCGCCUUCCUGAGGGCAUGAAGCAACAAGGUCGCUAUAAGGUCACUCUGACACAGCAAGGUCAAGACAGGAGCAGCCGCACUGUUGACACUGAUCCUAUGGGGGUAUUCUGCUUUCAGGCCAAACCUGGAGACUACAUUGUUCAUGUGUCACUCCCUGAGGCAGAGGUGAAAGCCGGCCUUGCUCUGCAGCCUCAAGCCCUGGCAGUCUCCCUGGUGGACCGGCCCCUCACAGACCUGCUGUUCACACAAUUCAUGGCCUCUGUCUCUGGAAAGGUCUACUGCUUAGCUUCCUGUGAUGACCUGGCAGUAACCCUUCAACCCAUAAGCCGUCAGGGGGAGAGGAGGAGUGUGGCUCUUUCAGGCAGCAGUGAAAUUCUUAGCUUCUCCUUUGACAACGUUCUGCCUGGAAAAUAUAAAGUGGGUAUUGCUCACGAGGAGUGGUGCUGGAAACACAAGUCUAUGGAGGUGGAUGUUUUGGACUCGGACGUGCUCGGAGUGGAGUUCAGACAGAUUGGUUACAUCCUUCGCUGCUCUCUCUCACAUGCCAUUACCCUGGAGUUCUUCCAAGAUGGAACUAAGCCUGAGAAUGUGGGCGUUUACAACCUCUCUAAAGGAGUCAACCGUUUCUGCCUCUCCAAACCUGGUGUUUACAAAGUCACCCCUCGCUCGUGCCACCAGUUUGAGCAGGACUUCUACACAUAUGAUACCUCAGCCCCCAGCAUUCUGACACUGACAGCUGUGCGCCAUCACAUGACUGGACUCAUUACAACAGACAAGAUCAUGGAUGUCACCGUGACAAUCAAGUCAUCUAUAGAGAGCGAGCCAGCCCUUGUGUUGGGACCCCUGCGAAGUAUGGAGGAGCAGAGACAAGAGCAACAACUGCAGGAGAUCCAGCUGCGUCGUCAGGAGCGCGAGCGCCGGGCAGCCGAGGAGGAGGGAGGGGCUAAAGAUGACAGCCCCCCCAUACAGGAGAAAGCAGAUGAACUAACCGGGCCAUUCCAUUAUGAGUUCUCUUACUGGGCUAGGGCUGGAGAGAAAAUUACAGUGACUCCAUCUUCAAAGGAGCUGCUCUUCUACCCCCCAGAGGUAGAGGCCACUAUAACUGGAGAGUCAUGCCCUGGUCGCUUGGUGGACAUCUCUGGUCGGGCAGGGCUCUUCCUGGAAGGCAAAGUGUCACCUGAAUUACAGGGGGUUGAGAUUUCAAUCACUGAAAGAGGAGCCACCAUGCCUCUCAUCACAGUGGCUACUAAUGAGAAUGGAGCAUACAGUGUGGGCCCGCUGCACAGUGACCGUCAGUAUGACAUCACCGCCAGUAAAGAGGGUUUUGUCCUGAGUCCUGUGGAGGGAACCCAGGGAGACUUCAAGGCAUUUGCUCUAGCAGGAGUCACCUUUAAGAUCCAGUCAGAAGAUGGUGUACCCUUAUCUGGCGUCCUCCUGUCUCUGAGUGGAGGACAGUUUCGGUCAAAUCUGUUGACCCAGGACACCGGUCUAUUAACCUUUAAUAACCUGAGUCCUGGUCAGUACUAUUUCAAACCCAUGAUGAAGGAGUUUCGAUUUGAGCCAGCUUCUCAGAUGAUCACAGUAGAAGAAGGUCAAAGCCUAAGCAUCGAUAUUAUCGGCAUUAAGACUGCUUAUAGCUGUUAUGGAGCAGUGCAGUCUUUGAGUGGAGAUGCAGAGAGGGAUGUGGCAGUGGAAGCAGUGGGACAGGGCGACUGCAGCCUCUACAGUGAAGACACAGUCACUGAUGAAGAGGGGCGCUUCAGACUCCGCGGGCUGCUGCCGGGCUGCAAGUAUCUCAUCCAGUUAAGAGCAGAAGGCAAUGACCACAUUGAAAGAGCACUGCCUCAGCACAGAGCAAUCGAGGUUGGCAGCCAUGACAUUGAAGGGGUCAACAUUAUUGCCUUCAGACAAAUCAAUCAGUUUGACCUCAGUGGAAAUAUAAUCACGUCUCCUGAACAUCUCCCCACACUUUCGGUAAAACUGUACAAGAGCGACAACCUGGACAAUCCAAUCAACAGUGUCUCUUUGGGACAGUCUCUUUUCUUCCAUUUCCCUCCCUUGGACAGAGAUGGAGAGAACUAUGUGCUGAUGCUGUACUCCACGCUGUCACGCUCCCAGUACGAUUUUACACUGCCCCAGGUGUCCUUCACCUCCACUGGGUACCACAAGCACAUCACCCUCACCUUCAACCCCACUCGUAAAGUGCCUGACCAAGAUGUUGCCCAAGGCUCCUACAUUGCUCUGCCCCUGACUCUGCUACUUCUUUUAGCUGCAUAUAAUCAUGAAAGGGUCAUCCCACUCCUGCUGCAGUUGGUGAGCCGUAUUCAGGGAGUGAGGACCAUGGCCCAGACUAAUGUGGACAGCGCCGCGGUGGACGAAGCCAAACGACAGGCAAAAAGACCAAAAUCCAGGCGUACAUGAUUACGAUCACAUAGACCUCAGUACAGAUCUCUAGACUUCACUACCACAGAUGGUAAUGAACUAGCCCAGCCAAAGGUCCAGAGGUGCGAAUGAGCCUCUGGUUUUCUUUAGUUUAAGGUCUGUUUUGGUGAAGAAUUAAACAUUUUUACCACACCCUCACUAGCCAGACCUUUCGACUUGUCAAAAGACUGUUGCUGAAACUUGAGCCAUUAUGAGACGUUUUCUCAAAGUCAAAUACAUUCAUGAAAGCACUUGUUGAUUUUCUACUAGUCUUAUGACAUUGUUUAGAUGUCACUCGUUAGCAAGUCACCUUUUCAUAUUCAGGGCACUAAAAUGAUUUAAAACUUUACCUGCGAUAAAUUGAUGGCCACCCUAAAAAGAUCAGCCACCUUCAAGCUCGUGUAUCUGUGAAAUGGCCACUUGUUGCUGUAAUGCACUCCACUUUUUCGAUAUAAGAUGUUAUGGGGUGGCACAAAAGGUUGACUUUGAAUCUCUAUUUAGCUCAGGAAAGUUGAUUAAUGCGUGCUGGAACAUUACUGUGUGAGUUGAGAUUUAAUUUUGGGAGAUAGAAGGUAGAUAUAUACUAUAGUGUGCAAAGGUUAUACUUAUAUUUGUUCCUGAUAAUUGGCAAAUGAUUCAAUAACAAAAAUGAAGCAAGCUAAUUUCCAUAUUUGUUACACAGCCUUCAUUUGCAUUAACUUUUGAUUAGCUUCUGCAUAGUACUGUACAGAUAGGACAAACUAAUAAUUUAUUAAUUUUCUAAUUCAUUUUGUGCUGACUUUUGGAUACUGUCUUGUUUGUAUAUGUGGGUUUUGAAGUAUGUAUCUUGAGCUGUUUUAUUGGAGAAUGAUUAGCUUUGUCCUAACGAAGUGACAAAGCAGAAAUAUAAUUGAUUUCAUUGUUGUAUCCCUGAACUAAAUGUGGCACUGUGAAAUGAAUGGACCCCAAUUACAUUUUGUAUUAAAUUCAUGUGUACUCAUUUAUGGCAGACUUUCAAAGUGAAAUGAGAUGGACACGGAUUAUUGACUGAGAUUAUAGUUAUUGGCUAAGAUGAUCCCCGUAUGAGCCGGGUUGGGGUUGAGUGAGGAAAGGGAGGGGGUUAUUAAGAUGUUGAAUAAAACGUUGAAGACAUUCUUAUUGUCUUUAACGGGUUUGCCUCUAGGGGGCAGUGUAAUGUUUGGGAUAAAUGCCCACAUAGACUCAACGUGAUUUAGAAGCAAAAAUAUACAAUUAACGAUGCAUACCAAAUAGGAGUAAUUAUAUCCAAUAACUAAAUAAUAUUUUUUACUGUCACUGUUAAACAUCACAUGAUUACCAAUACAAAAACCCACUUCACUAAUCUACCAUCUGACUUAAUGCAGACAUUGUCUUUUCUGAGUGUCUUUGAGUGACUAAACGUGUGUCUAUAAGGAAAAAAUAAAGAUGGAACAAAAACACUGCCC